GGAGGGGGGGUGGAUGUACCCUGGACUGUGUAUAUUGUAGUAUUAUGGCUCAGUGUAUUUUAAUGGAAAAUCUACUUGUGCUCUAUGGGAAAGGAGGCUAAAAAUAGCCUAUGUGGGUUUCACAAGGCUGUUCAUUCUGUGACAGUGACUAGCAGGCACCAGAUCAUAUACAGAACAGCAACAGGGGGGGAAUAACAGACACAAUCUCAAUCUGACAAAUUCCUACAUUGGAUUACUAAAGCAAAUUUUUUUUUUUACAGUUUUUCUUUCCUCCAAAAAUUCAUUAAAAAUUGGAGGAUUUUUUUUUUUUUUACUCCGUCCCUCAUUUUUCAAAGGGUAUUAUUUUAUUUAUUUUUUUUAUUCCCACCCAGACAUGAAUUUACUGUGGGAAUGUACAGGCAUCUCUGCAAAUAGAGAAGGUGUUGUACUGGGAGAGCAGGCAUCUACAGCAAGGUUCCCGCAGGAGGGGAGACGUUCCUACCAGAGAAAAGAAAUGGUUGUGAAACGCUCCUCAAGACCCAUCUGUGUCUUUGCUUAGCAGAUACUGUGUCUGUUUGCACUUUACCAAUGAGAGACUCUACCAUGUUGCACCCAGAGGGCAGUGCCUUACUGAAGGCUGUGUGGCAGGGCAAAUUUAGACUGACGCGCCUUCUGCUGGAAGGAGGUGCCUAUAUUAACGAAGGUAAUGCCCAAGGUGAGACACCUCUAAUGGCAGCCUGUUUAGCCAAAUACGACGACCCUCAAAACAAAUCCCGGAUGGUAAAAUACCUGCUGGAAAAUGGGGCGGAUCCUAACAUGCCAGACAAGAUGGGCAAAACUGCACUGAUGCACGCCUGCUGCAAUGUAACUGGCGCGGCAGUGGUGUCUGUACUGCUAGAACAUGGGUCAGAUCCCAGUAUAAAGGACUACUCAGGGACAUCUGCUCUCAUGUACGCAAUCAACAGAGGUGACCGGGAAACGUUGAGGGUUUUGUUAGAUGCCUGCAAGGCUAGAGGAAAGGAGGUCAUAAUUAUUACCACUGACACUUCCCCUUCUGGCACCAAAAAGACAAAGCAGUAUCUCAACUCGCCUCCAUCACCAGGCAUUGAUGAUAAGCAGUCUCCGGGUAUCUGCAUGUCACCUUCUGAUAUAGAAAUAAAGACUUCCCUCUCUCCAGCUAGUGAGAAAGAGGAAGCAAGGGAUGUUUUUAACUUUAACAUGGGCACUAGGCUCACCUGUCCUUCAUCUUCCAAAUUAGAAGUUAAAACAUCAGAUCAUAUUCUUGCCAAAGGGAGGGUGGUUAACAAGAAGCAACUGAAGAGGCUGAAUUCAGAACCAUGGGGAUUAGUGGCCCCAUCUGUCCUUGCUGGAUCUCAUCCUGUUGUGCCGACGGAAAAUACCACCGUGGAGGAAUGUGAAGAAAAUAUUAUCAGUGAAGUAAACAACUUAUCCAUAAGCAAUAGACCAUUGCUCUCAAGGAGGCAUAGCAUAGAGGGACAAGAAUCCUCUUGCUUAAAGCUGGAUGAGCAGACCCCAGUGGAUGAACCUUCAGUGCUGGAUGCUUCAUGGGCUGAUAAAGUCCAGCUCAGCCACCUUCACCAGCCGCUGUCAAGACGCAAUACGGCACCUGAGGCUCAGGAAACAUCUAACGCCACAUUAGCCCCAACUAUCGCGACUAACUUACGUGGGGUUGCCCACCACAAGUUGACCCGUAUGGACCACUAUGAAUCAGAUUCUCAUCUUUGCCCUGAUUCCAUUCCUGGUUCUCCAGACUCUGGACGGGUAUCUUUAGAGAGGAGGAAAUACAAUGCUUCUCCAUUAACACUCUUUACCAGUUCUUCACGAGAAUCCUUAGAAAGUAUUCCUAGCGCAGUAUCACCGAUGUCUGUGCGACGCCGAACACCAGGGCUUUUAGAAAGAAGGGGAUCUGGGACGCUUCUUUUGGAUCACAUCUCACACACUAGACCUGGCUUCUUACCACCACUGAACGUCAACCUAAAUCCUCCAAUCCCAGAUAUCCGGGCUAAUGGCAAGGCUCUGUCGCCAGUUCAUGGAAGCCAGAAAACUUUCAUACCUGUGGCUCCAAGCUCUCCAAAACACUUUGACGCCAAAGCCAAGAAGAAACUUAUUAGAAGGCAUUCUAUGCAAACAGAGCAGAUCAGGCAGUUGACCAAUUUCCAGAAUUUAUUCAAUCAAAAUGAUUCUUCAAAUUAACUCCAGAACAAUGACUACGAAACAGUGGAAUACUCUUAGCCACAUGCACGCCAUGACUAUUUCUAGCUCUCUAUGUUUCCACAUAGCAACAAGAAAUGCAUUAUUAUUGAAAAGGUAAUGCAGUUGGUUUAAAUAGCAAAUAGCCAACAUCUUUGGGCCUGAGUACGUCACGAGAUGCCACCGAGUAAAUGUGGAACUUCUGCUCCAAUCUACAUUGACAACAUAGAUCAACCAACUUCAUCCAACUUAAAAUAAUGACAUGUAUGUAUUCAAGUAGCAAAUAUGUGAAAUUUUUCUUCCAAAAAUUAAAGACGCACUUUGGUUUGGA